AUGGGUUCACCGAUUUCGGGAUUCAUCGCCGAGGCGGUCCUACAACGGUUAGAAUCGCUGGUCUUCCAACACCACAGACCGAAAUUCUGGGCCCGGUAUGUGGAUGACACCUUCGUCGUCAUCGAACGGGAUCAGGUGUUGACAUUCCAAGAACACCUCAACGCCGUCUUCCCGGACAUUCAAUUUACGAUGGAGGAGGAAGAGAGCAACCAGCUGGCCUUCCUGGAUGUCCGCGUAUGCCGCAAAGAUUGUGGUGAACUAAAAACCAAAUUGUUCAGGAAAGCGACAAAUACGAUGCAAGUACUGAACUUCAACAGUAACCACCCAAUCAGCCACAAACGCAGUUGUGUAAGGACGCUCUAUCGGCAUGUCGAAACGCACUGCAGUGAGCCGGAAGACAAAAUUGCCGAACUACAAUACCUCCGACGGGUCUUCAAAGCCAAUGGCUACCCGCGCAACUUCGUCAACCGGUGCAUACGCAAAAGGGACGAAAGGCCUAACCGCACGGACACCAAAUCUUGGCGGGCACUUCCGUAUGUCAAGAACGUUUCGGAAGCUGUCGGCCGCCUUCUCGCACCACUUGGGGUUGGAGUGGCACGCAGAACGGAGGCAACCAUCAGGCGUCUGGUCAUGAAACCGAAAGACCCACUGCCACGGCUAGAAACGCCUGGAGUCGUUUAUCGGAUCUGGUGCAGUUGCGGACAAAGCAGCUACGUCGGAGAAACCGGAAGACAGCUCCGAACGAGAAUGGCCGAACACGCGGCAGCGGUGCGCAGAAAUGACGCUCAUUCGACGAGAUCCGGCCACACAUUCAAAUUCGAUGAGGCCGAAAUUCUCGCAAGAGGUGACAACCGCGUGAGCCGGGAGCUACUGGAAUUAUGGUUUACUGGCCCCCAGUCCGUCAACAAGUGCAACGAGCUUCCCACUCCAUACUGCGUGCUAAAAUUUCGCCUAGGCGGAGUAACAAGCCAUACAGGGAGCGCAGAGGUGAGCACUUUUCCCAACACCGGAGUCGGUGCGUCAGAUGGUGGAGCAAUCAUCACGCCAACAUCCAACGCACGUGAUGAAAUUGCAGCAAUUAUCGACUCGAAUGUUGGCCAUCAAGCAGUGAUCACACCAAGUUCGACGAUCCCGGAUGAAGGGGGGAGCCGUGAAUGUUCAUAGGUAUGCGGUAGCAUGGCUACUGCAUCCUAUAAAUACCGCAGCCCCUUGUGCAGCAACCACCCGUUUCUGCUUUUUGUCUCUGAUGAUGGAUUCGAGUAGGAAUCCGAAACGUCAGGCUAAUAAAGCUCUUGUCCCGGCGAUCGUGUCUCCUUCUUCAUCGCUGUAUAUUUUGUCUUCUCAAUGUGGAGCGUACUGCCUUCGGCGUUAGGAAGAAGUGUAAUCCCUUUGGUUGGCGGACCGUAGACGGUUUUGAUCGCGGAAAAGAAUUCCUUCCAUUCGUUGCUUUCCGCGUACGCUCGAAUCUCCUCGGACUUUCGAGCCGUCCAGGCGUCCUGCAUCUCACGCAGUCGCUGUUGCACAAGACAGCGGAUACGGUAGAAUGUCGCUUUGUUAUCAUCGGUAGGGUUACUGACGUAGGCUUUAUGCAGACAAUUCUUUUCGGCCGUCAGAUUGCUGAUGGCGGCAAUGCAGCAAUACAGCUGGCAAUACAGCGAUGACUCUAACACUUCAGAGGCCUCCUCAACCGCCCCUUCACCAUCUCUAACGCUGCCAUCACCCGUCUGCCGCAGUUGGAGACCAAAUCUGAUCUUAACCUAUCGCCCAUCAGGGCCGUCCGUCAACUUUACAGCGGGAAACCACCCGGAUCAAACGAGAUCCCUGCUGAGAUCUACAAGCAUUUUAGCCCCAACUCACGGAUCAACUGACGGCGCUCUUCCAGAUGACGUGGCGUCAAGGAGAAUCGCGCUGGAUUUCAAGGACUCUAAAAUCGUGCUUCUAUUCAUACGGAAAUGAAACCGCCAGCUAUGCGACACCCAUAAAGGCAUCUGCUUGCUGAACAUCGCUGGGAAAAUUUUCGCUCUCAUCCUUUUAAGUAAUCUGCAUAAUCGCUUGGAACAAAGUCUCUUCCCGGCCGCCUGCGAGAACUUCGAUCCGAUCAUCAACACGGAGAAGACGGUUUUCAUGCACCAACCGCCACCCAACACAGCCCUCCACAAUGCGCCGCAUAUAAGCGUGAACGGCAUCCAAUUGCAGGUGGUGGACAACAUAAUGUAUCUGAGCCGCACCCCCUCCCACAGCACCAAAAUCGACAACAAAGUUGCCCGCCGCAUUUCUAAAGCCAGCCAGGCCUUCGGCCGUCUGCAAACACCGUCUGGAACCGUCACGGUCUCCAUUUCAACACAAAGCUGAAGAUGUACAAGGCAGUCAUCCUCCUGACGUUGCUGUAUGGAGCAUAGACUUAAAUUGUGUACAUAAAGCAGGCACACAGACUCAACCACUUCCACCUCAGUUGUCUUCCACGAACUCUGAAACUGGGAUGGCAGGACCUGAUCCCCGACAGUGACGUGCAGGAGCGGACAAAAAUUCUCAGCAUUCACGCCACGCUGAGGCAACUGCAACUGCGCUGAUACGCCACCCAAAAGGCUCUUCAAUGGAGAUGUCGCCACGGGGUCCCGCCGCCAAGGAGGCCAAAUCCGUCGAACAAGGAUGCCCUGAAGACCUAACUGAAGCGUCCGCAGACCAAUCCGGCAACUGGCAAGGCCUCUUUCAAGACCGACUGACCUCGAGGAGGACAGUGAAGACAGGCGGAGCGAUCUACGAGGCAAACAGCAUUGCCACCGCGAAAGCCAAACGAGAAGCGCACAAAUCUCAGCUGCGCCCACGUCGUAAUGCGAAGGCCCAGCCGUCCUCAACGUGCCCACUGCGUCAGCGGACAUUCCGAACGUUAACUUGACCUGUUGGACACCUUCGGACAAACUGCGGCACUCGGACUGCACCAACCAUCAAUUCUCCGUUCACUUCUCCCUCGUCCCCUACACUGUCAACUAACGCUGGCCCCCCUCCCGAACCAUCACUUCCAUCUUCGUCCCUUCUUCUUCUUCUUCUUCUUCUUCUUCUUCUUCUUCUUCUUCUUCUUCUUCUUCUUCUUCUUCUUCUUCCUCCUUCUCCAAGGUCUCAACGCCUGCCGCUGUGAUGUCUGCCAUGCAAAUCAAAAUUUCCCACAAUCCUGACACACCAAAAGACACCAGCACCAUUAUCGUUGACACUAGUGGUGAGGACCUGGUGCACACCUGCCCUCACUGCGACCACACCUUCGCCUCACAGAUCGGCAUGGACGGUCACUUGAGAAUCCAUCGCACAGAGACUGACGAACCGGUGCCCGCAGCAUCCACAUACACCUACCGAAUCCGACUCCACUGUCCACACUGCCCUCGCACAUUCAUGCACCGCAUGGUCCUCUUCGGCCACAUGCUCUUUCACAAAAACCUGCGGUAG